GACGAGAGUUCCAUUAGAUUGGGUAUGACGGAAAGUACACUACGUAAAUUUGAAAAAUCAGCCGCACCAUCCUUUUCAGUAUUCUCUCUUUAUAAUUAAUUCUUGCUUCUUAAAAUCUCAAUUUCAGUUUGUCGGAAAGAUUGGUUGAAAAUUUAUGUCGCUUCUCCCUUCGACGUGAGAAAUUAUAAUCGCUAGCAGAUGCCGUGCCCUCGUUGCUUCUCUUAUCGUCAUGGCGCCGCCUACGAAGCGUCGGAGACGAAACAUCGUUCACGCUUCUUCGGACGAUGAAGAGGAGUCGAAACCAAAGACAAACGUCCUUAGCCAGUACCUAUUCUCUUCGCCUGAGCAACGAAGUACUACCGCAGGGGUCUCUCGAGCCACACCCACUUCACCGAGUCCAGUGAGGAAGACCUCUCGUCCCCUCGCCUCUCAACCUCCGAAGCCGAAACAGACGUCGAAGUCUCUUCAACCGAGUAAUAAUGGGUUCAAAAGUGCUAGUACGAGUCCUGAAAAGCCGAAGACUCGGUCUUUCACGAAAGGCAAACGGGUCGAAAAAGAUAAGAGUGCGGAUCUAGUGACUAUGUUUUCUAGACAAGCACAACGGGCACCGACAAUUUCACCGACUAAGAGAGAUGACAUUAUGAGCGAUCCAAUUUCUGAUGAUGACGACGUGGGGGAGCAUAUAGCCGCGAGCAGUAGCCGGGUAGGACAGAACGCCCGCAAGCGUUUCCGAGAUUCAUCCCAGUCGAGUCAACCGACUAGUGGCCCGGCACUUAUGUCUAGCCAGAAGUUCCUUAAACCACCUCGUCCUCAACAGGGCCUUGUUCCAAGCGACGAACAGCGACCCUGGUCCGAACGAUUUGCGCCCGUGAACCUGGAGGAACUGGCAGUCCACAAAAAGAAGGUAGCAGAUGUUCGCCGGUGGCUUGAAGAUGUUAUGGCUGGCCGGAUGCGCCAAAGACUCCUUAUAUUAAAAGGUGCCGCAGGAACCGGGAAGACGAGUACAGUUCAGCUCCUUGCUAAGGAUAUGCGCUGCGAGCUUCUCGAAUGGAGAAAUCCAGUCGGUUCCCUGGGCGCAAAUCAAGGGUUCCAAUCAGCCUCAGCGCAGUUUGAGGAGUUCAUGGGAAGAGGUGGGAAAUUUGGGCAAUUAGAUAUUGAUCUUGACUCAACUCCUUCGAGUAUCCCCAAGAACGAUAUUAACGAUAAUACAAGGAAGAUUAUCCUCAUUGAAGAAUUUCCAAACACUUUCACCCGCUCGUCAACGGCUUUAACCGCCUUUCGAAAUACUAUACUACGAUACCUAGCCACAAAUACACCAUCUCUUGCUACAUUUGGCCGGCAAACUUCUUUAGAACCUAUUACCCCUGUCGUUAUGGUCAUAUCGGAAACUCUCCUGACCACUACUUCGGCAUCUGCAGACAGCUUUACCGCUCAUCGACUGCUAGGACCCGAAAUAACUCGGCAUCCAGGUUGUUGCGUUAUAGACUUUAACGCCAUUGCGCCCACUCUUCUUUCGAGCGCGCUCGAGUUAAUCGUACAGAAGGAAGCCCGAAAAUCCGGUCGACGGAAAACUCCAGGACCCCAGGUUCUAAAAAGGCUAGGAGAGAUAGGGGAUAUAAGAAGUGCGGUCUCUUCGCUCGAAUUCCUCUGCCUUAAAGGAGAUACAGCCGAUUGGGGCUCUAAGGUCACAUUUACAAAACCUAAGCGCGGAGCGAAAAACGAAGUCUCCUUAACUCAAGGCGAAGUGGAAACCCUGCAGCUUGUCUCACAACGGGAAGCUAGUCUAGGUAUAUUCCAUGCCGUUGGGAAGGUGGUAUAUAAUAAAAGGGAUGAACGACCAAUGAGUCAACAGACACCCGAAGGCCAGGCUGAAAUACUACCUGACUUCAUGUCUCAUCUUUCUAGGCCAAAACGGUCUGAGGUUUCUGUCGAUAGCCUCAUCGAUGAGACGGGCACCGAUACUCAUACUUUUAUAUCAGCUCUCCACGAGAACUAUGUGCUUUCCUGCGAAGCUACCGGGCCAUCUGAUCCAAAUUCAUCACUCGACUAUAUCAGCAAUUGCAUUGAGUAUCUAUCAGAUAGCGAUCUACUUUCUCCAUCAUGGGAUUCAUUUUUCCGCGGGCGAGGCUCUGGUACAUCUUCAUUUUCGGGUCGAGACUCCGCGAGUCACGUAUUAAGGCAGGACGAGAUCACUUUCCAGGUCGCAACAAGGGGACUUCUAUUUUCUCUUCCGAAUCCAGUGAAACGUAUGUCGAAAACUUCCGGACGAGGCGGCGGCGAUGCUUACAAGAUGUUCUAUCCUACGAGCCUUAAGCUAUGGCGAGAGAAAGAAGAACUAGAAGGCGUUGUAGACCACUGGGCCUCGAAGUUACUUAAAGGGGACGAAGCGGGCCAAAAUCUCACCCAAGGCGCUUCUGCGUUCAGACGACCUAAGUCGGCAGCCAGCAGCGGAGAAUGGAUAAACAAACACCAAGCUCCUCGGCGCAACAACAGCCAAGUGAAGCAAGCCGAGCCAAGCCAGGAUCAAGAAGCGGCUCCAUUACUAUUCCUAGGAAACUCGGCUCGCAGGGAAUUACUACUCGAGCGGCUACCGUACAUGGCGCACAUAGCCCGGGGACGUAGAAGCGCCAUAGGCGCGGUCCGGAUGCGGGAAAUCGAAAAGGUGACCUCGUUCUCCGGCAUCGGGGACGCGGCGGCAGACGAGGACGCGCUCGACGGCGACGACAACGCGGAGCUGGACGGCGAGGCGUGGGCUACGGAUAAACCGACGGAGGAAGGGUCGCCAAGGAAGAAGAGGGUUGUCGGGAUCGGGUUCCGGCAGAAAAAUGAGGCGGAGGUCGGUGAGGGGGCGUCGGCGCCGGCUACGUCGUUGCAGAAGUUGGUGCUUAGCGAUGACGAUAUUGAGGAUUAAGCUUUUCCACCUAGGUGCUAGGGCGUUGUGCGGUCUUUGUCCUAAGCAGGUGUAUUAUACGAAGGGAAUUAUGACUUUCUCGUGGAUUAGGCUACCUAAGUAGGCAGGUACUUGGGGGGAAUGAAUGGAAUGGCGUUCUGAUCUGGGGGGAUUAUGUAUGAAAAUUUGUAGGCUUAAAUGAAUAUGGCUACUGUUAUUACUGAUGUAAAAUGUAGAAGGAGAGACAAUAGAUCGUCUAGCGAAGA